AUGUAUCCUUGCGCACGGAAGGAGCGCAGUCUUCCCACCCAAUGGAUCUAUCACCCGCUGAUGGGCGCAUCCUCCACUGAGGGCGGUCUUGUCAUCGACCUCAGCCGCUACUUCAAACACGCCCGCGUCGACCCUGAGCGAAAAAUUGGCUAUGUUGGCGGCGGACCGAUCUGGGAGAACGUCGACAAGGCCACAAUUGAGCAUGGCCGCGGUAUGGUCAACCACAUUGGCGCAGCUGGGCAGAGGCUAUCCCUGUGUUACGGACUCACCCUCGGCAACGUCCUCGAAGCCACCGUUGUUCUCGCUGAUGGAUUGGUCGUAAAGGCGAGCAAGUCAAAGAACAACGAUCUAUUAUGGGCAUUCGCGCUCAAGGCGCUGACUGAGGUCACUUCCAGUGUGGGGUGGUGGGACGACCCGGGCAACAAGUCCCCGCAGAUCCAGACAGCGGUUGUCGGGCCCAACGGCAAGCCUGUCAUGCUCGUCAUCUUCUUCUAUAACGGCCCGAGGAAGCUCUUUGACAUCGGUCCCAUCGAUGAUCAAGUGAGGGAAAUCCCAUAUGAGGUCGCCAACGCGCUGCAGGUGCCAACCCGGUCGCAUAUCACGGUCAUGGUGUCUAUUAGCAAAGUGUUGCGCAUUGCAAGCCCGAAUACCGUGCUCAAGGCGUUAGACCGUGUCGCCGAGCUCAUCGCCAGGCCUGGCCCGAACCCGAUGGUCCCGUUUGAGUGCUUCCCGCUCCACCAGAUCACUGCCAAACACAGCGAGGAAACCCCGUUCCGCCACGUCGCCGCCCCGUUCAUGCUCGUCAACGCGCUUUGGGUCGAGGAUACGCCGGAAAACUUGAAGCGCGGUCGCGAGAUGGUGUACGAGCUCAUUGGCCUUAUCAAGAGAUCAAACCCGCAGCUCUCCGUGGAGCAGCAGGCCGGGUACGCAAAUCAAGACGAUGAAACGGUGUCAAAGGACGCCGCGGACAAGGCGAGGCUCGUGUUUGGCAAGCACUAUGCGCACCUGCAGGAGGUCAAAAAGAAGUACGACCCCGACCAGGUUUACCACCAGUGGGUCCCCAUCAUACCCGCUCCGUAG